AUGCCACGUGGCCCGCGGUCGCCGUGGCGUGCUGGCACGCCGCGCGCAGCGCUCGCGGCCUGGCUCGCCGUUCGCCGCGCUGCCGCCGAGGAUGGGAGCCUCCACGCCGCCGCCGGGCUGGAGAACAUCGCGGCGGAGCUGCCCCCGUUCUUCGACUACGACUGCGACCUGGUUGCCACGUCCAGAGCCGCGGCGACGGACUGGAACGACGUCUACGAGCGGGUGGCCUCCAGGGUGGCAGACAUCAACAGGCCAGACUUCGGCAUGCCUGAGCAGUUCCGACACCUCGUGCAGGGCCCGACGGCUGACCAGGCAAUAAGGGAAUGUCCCCUCGGCGUUCUCUACUUCACCAUUCUUGCAUUUUACGAGGAUCGCCAGUUAGGAGGGGAUGCGGAGUUGCUGCUCGCGAUGGCGAACAAGGUGCAAACUUUCUUCCGCGUUUUUACUGUCUACACAGUUGCGCUCAGUCGUUGGCCCGUGUUUUAUGCCCUUCAGCAUUUCUCGACACACCACACGCUGCACAGAGAGCACUUCUGCGAGGGCACGGACUGGAAGCUGCUCGAUUGGGCAGAGCUUCGCGGCGAGGCAAACCAAUGGGUCAAGCUUACGUGGUUGACCGCAGGAAGCGGAUCCACCACCAAGGAUCUCCUGGAUGAGCGCAACGCGGUCGAAAUGCAGAUGUCGGACAAGUUCUUCACGAUGUUGAGGAGCCCGGCGAACCACGCCCUCGCGCAGGAAGAGUGUGAGUUCGGGUUCUUCUUUCUCAUCGCGAACCAGGUUGUGGCAGCCGCCAACCGCCAGACGCACAACAUGCCACCCUUCCACAAGGUGAUGGACCUCGUCAUGGGGAACACGCCCUUCAUCAAGGUGGCCUCGUCAGGAUGGCCGAUCAUCGCGGUCCUCACGAUGUUCUCGGACCUCAACAAGGGCAUGUGGUUCUUCGGCGGCGGAGACCGCAAGUACAACCGCGGCUACGCCGACUGGAACCUCCGCCGCGACGAGCUCGCGCCCCUGCUGCCCUCCUCGCUGGGCUUCCUCUCCCCGCCCUGGCGCACCGCCGCCGAGGGCACGGUGGCGACCCUGCUCGCGCUCGCCGGCACCGAGUUCGCCGAGGAGGUGCGGCGCCGGGCCCGCCGCCGCGAGGACGCCGACGGCCCGCUGAGGCCCAUCGUGCGGGGCCUCGUCGACGCCGCCCUGGCCAUCGCGGCCGCCCAGGCGCCCCACGCGCAGCGCCUGGCCUACGUCGUCUUCCUCUACGGGGCCAAGUGGUCUCGGCUGCUGCCGCGCCUGUCCGCGCGCCUCCGGCAGCUGGGCAUCGGGCACCCCCUGCUGGCGAUCUCCAUCGGCGCCGACGCGGCCGCGGCCUGCCGGGAGCUGUCGGCGGCGGGCGGGCGUGCCGGCCCGUCCAACGUGGUCUGCUGGGUGCCCGACACGCAGUCGCAGGUCCACCGCUUUACGGCCAUACAUGCGCUUCUGCACCUGGGCAUCUCGGAGGAGGGCCACAUCGGCGCGAUCUACAUGGACAUGGACACCUUCCUGCUCCGCGACCCCACUCCGCGCAUCAUGGCCCAUGCGGAGGGCCUAGACGCGGUGUUCGCGCGGCACGCCGACGCGGACUGCAUCAACAUCGGCGUGUUCUUCAUAAGAAGCACCCCGAAGACGGUGUGGCUCUCCCAGUUCCUGGCGUGGUACCACGACCACCCCUUCGAGAUCGACCAGCGCGGGCUCCACGUGUUCCUGGGCCUGCCCUCCGAGAGGAUGCAGAUCGCGUACCCCCCCGCCGACCUCGUGGCGGUCAGGGGCGGGGUGCUGGACGACGUGAACGAGGUCGUCAUCGGCACCGUUGGCUGGUAUGGCUCCCACGCCAGCCUGCUCAUCAUGCACUGGUGCCAGAGGCCCAUCGAGCAGAAGGAGGAGGAGAUCUGGGCCGCGUACGACGCCGCCGACGCCGCAGACGAACACGGCAUGGCGCUGGCGCCGGCGCUGGCCGCCGCCUCGCCGGCUCGCAGCGGCCACGGGUGCACGAUCGAUACGGUGCAUUGCGCGGUGCAGUCGACCAGCUGGGCGAAGGUGCAGAACCUGCGGGCCAUCCUGGACUCGUACCGCCGGACCGCUCCUCCCAUGCGCUCACCCUGCUGGUGA